UCGCGUCGCCUCGAGCCAAUCGUUUUCUGUACCGAACCUGACGCAAAGGCGGAAGCGACUGUCAGAGUUCAUCUUGCAUCCAGUUACUCUUUGUUGGGCGUUUCACGGACCAUCCUGCAAACAGAGUUUAUUGCAACUCGCCAACUCGCGAACUCAGCCAACUAUCCUGCUUCCCUCGACAGAGUGCUGUCUGCUCAAGUUAAAGAUGUUUUUGGCCCAGAAAUUCCUCAGUGGCGUCAUCAAUGUUGUCAGCAACAACAUCGACCAGUUUGUGCCCACUGAUCCUCCGCCACCGCGCAGGCCAGCUGUGUACGCCGAGCAGCAUGAGAGCAACGAGGAGAAACAGUUCCGCCGGGUCUUCCAGCAGCUCGCUGGAGACGACAUGGAAGUGAGCCCCAAAGAGCUGAUGGACAUUCUCAACAGAAUUGUUACAAAGCAUGGAGACCUGAAAACGGGAUGGUUUCAGCAUUGGAGUCUUGUAGAAGCAUGGUGGGCAGUCAUGGAUAGCGACAGCACUGGUAAACUUGGAUUUCAUGAAUUCAAACAGCUCUGGGACAACAUAAAGAAAUGGCAGGGAGUGUACAAAACGUACGACGCUGAUUGCUCCGGUCUCAUUGGUGCAGAUGAGUUGCCCAACGCGUUCAGAGCUGCUGGCUUCCCCCUCAAUGACGAGCUGUUCAGCAUGAUUAUCCGCAGAUACAGCGACGAAUGUGGCAACAUGGAUUUUGACAACUACAUUGGCUGCCUUGUCAGGCUGGAUUCCAUGUGCCGUGCCUUCAAAACCCUGGAUAAGGACCACAAUGGGACUAUCAAGGUCAAUGUUCAGGAGUGGCUUCAGCUGACCAUGUACUCUUGAGUCCAGACAACGACGUCCCUUCUGCUUGGAACCACUUCUUUUUUCUGUUAGCACAAAAUAUUUUCUCUACCAUCCCCCCAACUACUGUUAUUGAUCAAAUCCUUUGUGGGUGCAGGUUUCUUUUUUAAAUGCAACUCAACGCAGGUGUGGUGGGAUUGUUCGCUGCUCCAUUAUACCUACAGGACAGAAAAUCCUGCUUUGAGUAACCCAGAAAAGUAAAAACCUGCACUCUCCACUCGUUUGGCUUUUGCUCUUCCUCGUGCCUGAGAGGGGGCAGACACACAUCGAGAUGUUUUAUACGCAGUGAAAUUUGGCGGAAGCUCCCGUAUGUACGCGGCUGGUCUCACAAAGAUUGUAUGUAUAGUGGCAUUCGUGGAGGCAGGCCAAUAAUAUUUUUACUCUUAAGACUGUUUAACCCCCUAGGAAUUCGAAGUUGGACAAAUAUGCAAGUUUUUUGGCCACCCACCACUUUCUACUUGAUUGAAUCCUUCAAUCCUCAGAACGAUGUGGGCAGGUACAGAUGCGUUGUUAUUUUGUCUGUCACACCUUCAGGCUUCAUAUGAACACACCAGAUUCAUUUCGGAGAAUUUCUUGAGCUUGUCCAGAUCCGUUCACACAGGAGAAUCACAAGAGUGUAAGUUGCCUCGCCCUAGCAGGUGCAACAACUUUUAGAGGAGUGUCUGUCAGUGUGUACACACCUGUGCAGAUCAGAGAAGAUGUCUAAAAUUGGGAAAGCGGGUUUAGGUUCACCUUUUCUUUUACAGCACCGUCAGAUAGAUUUGUGUAAAACUUAAGAGCUCUAGCUUUUAAGUUGUUUAGUCUAACUCUCCAUUCUCCACUUUUUCCACUGUCUGGGAUAGGUGUUCGGUAAGGGUGCGUCUUUUGCAAAAAUGACGGUUUAAAGAAAUACAAACUUGGCAUUGUGUAAUGUGUGGAGCCAGACCUUUUCUUUAGUGCCGUGUUUGUUAGACAUCAGUGGUCUCUCAUUCUUGUGAAACCAGCCACUAGCCUCACUAACUGGAGAUUCUUGUUCACCAAAACAGUAUGGGACAGCUCGCCAUUAUUUUACUGAAAGAAAACUAAGUUAGAUAUGUGAAUAAUGGUAGGCUUGCACUGCAGAUCAUUGCAAGCAGGCCAUGGUUCAAUCCUUUAUAUCAGACAUGUAUUGCGGCGAGUACUGCAAAUGUCUUCUACUCAAACAUUAACAUCCCAAGAGGCAUUUCUUAAUUUAGACAUGCUAAUAUUUUGCCACGACUCCUUUAGCAGUUGCUGUAUUGUUUUAAAAUGACUGCACUGGAUAACGCCAGCACAAUCCAUAAAUUGGUAAUAUAUAAGGUGUAUGCCACUAAUGCAUGCGGCCAAUAAUUCUUAACUAUUUAGUUUUAGCCGCAGCCAUUAAAAUGUCACUGAAUAAUGAUUUGUGAAAUAAAUACCUGUGCCAUAUUUGGGUUGAAAAGAG